UCUGUUUUCGCAAAUAUGAACUUUGACCUUAUUGGGAAUUCCCUUACAAAAGGAUAUAAAUACUUUUGUGUUUAUUUUCUUUUCAGAGGUUUCUUUUAAAAAAUCAAGUGAUGGAAAUAGAACGUAAAAAUCAUGAUCAAACUAAUUUCACUUCUGAUCUACGUCUACUAGACUAUCAAUCAAAAAAGUUCUAUAAAAAUUCUUUCCAAUUGUUGAGCAAAUUAUCUUUACAUCAUAAAGAAAUUAAAUCUAUUUUAGAAUAUUCUCAAGAUUUAAAAUCAGUUCUCCUGACUGAUGGCAAAAAAUAUCAUCAAAAACUGUUCAAAUUUCGUACAUUGGUCGAAUUGUUCAGUUCAAAAAAAUCACAAAUUGUAAAUAAACAAUUAAAUCAUGGGAAUUGCGUAAAAGAGUUACAAAAUCUACUGAAAAGUAUUGAGGAAAUUCUAACAGAAUACAAAACAGAGGAGAGAAUGAUUGCUGAAGCAUUACUUCAACAAGAAGUUGAAUUAUGGCAAGACUGUUUAAAUAUGGAGCAUCGAAUAAGUGUUUGGGAGAAUGAUUCAAAAUGGCCAGAUAAAAUUAAUUCAAAAAUUCAAAAUAGAGAACAUUCAAUUAAUUCGUUGACACGUUUAAGUAUUGGAAGUAAAAACUUACCAGCUGAAGUAAACGAAUUUCAAAACUUUUUAGAUAAUCAUGGUGGACGAACUGGUGGUUGGACUGAAGAUGAACAUUUAAAAUUUUUAAAAUAUUACAAAAUUAAGAAAUUCAAAUAUAAAAAUGACUGUAAAGAUCCUGAAAAUGAAGAGUCCAAUAAUCCUGAUCAUGAUCAUCCUCAUGAAGAAGAAGAAGAAAACGAAUUGUCUACUUUGACAAUAGAUCAUCAUGAACAACAAACAAUAAAAGAUGAAAAUUUAGAUAAAAUAAAUAAAGAUAAUACUAAUGUGAAUAUGAAUGUAUUACAUGAUGAACUUGCAAAUAUAAUCAUGACUAAAACACCAAAAGAAAUAGCUGAACAUGAAAAAUGGUGGAAAGAAUUUCAAAAAUUUGAAAAUGCAAAACGUAAAGCGAUUAAAAUAUGGAGUGAAAAUAGGCGUUUAAAUAUGCAAAAUAGAAAACAAUGUAAAGAGAAAAAUGAUGAUAAUGAUAGUGAUGAUGACGCAAUGGGAAAGAAUCAUCAAUCUCAUAUCAAACAACAUUUAUCAAUCAGUCAAUUAGAAGCUAGAAAAGCUGAAUUAGAACAAUGGCGUAAUCAAAGAGAAGAAAUAAAGAAACAAGAAGAAUUAUUAAAGAAAAAAAUUGAAAAUCAAUCAAAACAAGCUGAAUUAGAAUUGAAACGAAAAAGACAGGCGAAAAUUCAACAUAAAAUCUCUUUGUAUAAACAAGAGAAAAUGGCCAAGAAAUUAACUACCCUCCAUCAAUUGAAGAUUCAAACAGAAAUGGAACAACUAAGCCGUCAACAAAAAAUUAAUGAAGCCGCUAGUCGAAUUGAACAGAGAACAAUUAAUCAACUAAACCAAUUAUCUGCUCGCAAAAAAGCUAAAGAACAGUCAGAAAUUCCUCGACAAGAAUUAUUAGAACGAAUUCCAAUACAGACUAAUAUACAAGUUACACGUGAUCCACAACGUUUAUGUCAAUUAACAAAAGGAUGGGAAAUUCGUUUAACUCAACCAAAAACACAAACUAUUAUUCAUCAAGGUCUUAAUUUAAGUGUAAAUACUGGUAGAAUGAUACCACAAUGGAGAAGAAAUUUAUGAAUUUAAUAGAUUUUAUUGCUCAUGGUAACUAUUUCUUUCUUUGUCUUUUGCUAAAAAACAAAACUGUUUUAUUGAUUUAAACAAAGAAUUCAUAUCAUCAUUA